AUGAAACGGCGGCAAAAGAGGAAACAUUUGGAAAAUGAAGAAUCGCAGGAAAGUGCAGACUGGGGAGGAGGAAUAUUCACGUCACCAGAGGAAGCCUCUCAGCGUGGAUCCAGUGGGGUAGCCAAGGGCUGGAAUCUAGGAGUCAGGGAGGUCUCCUCAAUCUCUGAGUACUUCUCCUGUGUUUCUUUUCCACGCAAGUUCCUCCAUGGUGGAAUAUGGAGAUUACAUCAUGAUAGUUCCCAGCAUAGAUCCCCCCUGUCCCAGGUUCAUGAAGAAUGGGAAACUGCUCCUCACUCCCAGCACAUCUCCUUCUUGUCCCCCUCUUCCUAUAAGACCUGUAUUUCCUCUCUAUAUGUGAACAAAGAAGAAAGUGGCAUGAAAAUAUACUAUAUGAAGGUACAAAUGCAAAAUGGUGUAGCUGUCUCUUGGGAGACCGAGGAGACCUCCAUGUUUGUUGAAAAGCUGCCAAGGAUGGAAGAAGGGACCAUUCCUGAGGACGUGGGGGUAGGUAAUACUCCGUCUGAUGUGUCCACCAGAAACCUCCUGUCUGACAGCGAACCCAGCGGGGAGGAGAAAGAGCAUGAGGAAAGGACCGAGUCAGACAGCCUACCAGGGUCCCCUGAUGUGGAGGAGAGGCCUAGGGCCAAGACACCUGACUGGCUGGUGACUGUGGAUACUGGCUUCAGGUGUAUGGCUUGCUGUCGGGUCUUCUCCACUUUGGAGAUCCUCCAGGAGCAUGUGCAGUAUGGGAUCAGGGAGGGCUUCAGCUGCCACAUCUUUCACCUCACCAUGGCCCGACUGACAGGCACUGUGGAAUCGGAGAGCAUGCAGGAGGAAGAGGAGGGUGAUGGGAUCGAGGACGAGGAUGAGGAGAACAAGGAAAAGGCGAAAGAAGAGAAGUCACAAGAAAAGGAGAAUGAUGAGGAGCCACCCACAGGGAACACCCUUGGCCUGAAGAGACCCUUGAGCCAGUGUCCAGGCUGUGUGUUUCAUUCUUCAGAGGACAGGAAGUGAGCAAGGGCUGGGACCGCCAAGGGACUGGGCCUUCUCCAAGCCUGUAC